CCCAACCUUUGACGUGAAGAAUGACGCCAGACACAAAUAAUGCUUUGGAACAAUGAAGGACGUGUACUAACACGUUGGAGACUAUUUUAAAUGAUUCCAUUCAUUGAUCGUUAACGUUUACAAUUUGAUGUUUAGCAACUAGCUAUGGCACUGCCAGCUACUCUUAAAUAAUGAAGUAUAAUUACGGCAAGUCCCGAGGGACAAUCCAGCCUGCCGAGUCUCAAAUUGUCCAUCAGCCUCAGUCAUCGAAAGUACGCUUGACACAAAUGUUAAUUCAGCAGUAAUGGAGCAUUCGUACAAUUCUAUAAAGCUUGCACAUCAAGCUCGAGAGGCGGACGAGCUGCGGAUUGAGAUGAGGAAAAGAAGCCUUCUGAUCCUGAUCUACCAACAUCUAAUGAGGCAAGGCUUUGUGGCCACGGCAGUGGCCUUGGACCAGGAGAUGAAUGGCGGCGUGAAGAAGUUUGAGGUUUGUGAAAAUAUCGAUUUGGAGAUGGUGCUGAUGGAGUACGAGAGCUAUCACUAUGUCAAGUUCCAGAAAUAUCCCAAACUUAUCAAGAAAGUAGCAGAACCAGUUCCCUGCCAAGGUGAAAGCAGAUCUCUUAAAAGUGCUGGAAAAAAGAGGGCUGCUUGUUCAGCUGUGAAGCCUCUUCCCAAAAUCCAGCCUCCUAACCUUGGUGGAGACUCAAAAGGGAACGCUGUUGUUCCUGCACGCACCAGUGGUGAAGGUUUAUCUUGCACCACAGAAUUGUCAGAAUUGAGUCUCAGUGUUCACCCCAUCAUUUCUGCACAAGCUGGAGUGACACCCGUGAUCAAGAAGGUCCAGGUGACUGACAGCGUGGGAGGUGAAGGAGACAGCGAAGAGGAACGGCUGCUGAAGCCCCUUAGUGGAUUUUCAGGAAUGAGUGGUGAGAUGAAAGAACUUGCCACAGUUAUCAAUAAGGACAUCUUUUUGCACAACCCCAACGUGAGGUGGGAGGACAUCAUCGGCCUGGAGGAUGCAAAGCGAUUAGUCAAAGAGGCCAUCGUCUAUCCCAUUAAGUAUCCCCAGCUUUUCACAGGACUCCUUUCUCCGUGGAAAGGAUUGUUACUCUAUGGCCCCCCAGGUACGGGUAAGACCUUGCUGGCCAAGGCAGUGGCUACUGAAUGUAAGACAACCUUCUUCAACAUAUCAGCAUCAAGCUUAGUAAGCAAGUGGAGAGGAGACUCUGAAAAACUGGUCAGGGUUCUAUUUGAAUUGGCACGGUACCACGCCCCCUCCACUAUCUUUCUUGAUGAGGUAGACUCAAUGAUGGGCCAGAGAGGAAGUAACAUGUUAGGCGAGCAUGAGGGCAGUCGCAGGUUGAAGGCAGAGCUGCUGGUCCAGAUGGACGGACUGGCGAGAUCAGAAGAUCUUGUCUUUGUACUAGCAGCCUCCAAUCUGCCUUGGGAACUGGACAACGGCAUGUUAAGAAGACUAGAAAAGCGGAUUCUGGUUGGUCUUCCUCCUCCACCGGCCCGUGAAGCCAUGAUUGCCCAUUGGCUGCCUCCGGUCAACUCUACAGGAGAGUUCCAACUAAAAGCUGAGCUCGACUAUCAACUUCUGGCAAAGGAGAUGAAGGGGUAUUCUGGCUCUGACAUUCGGCUAGUGUGUAAGGAAGCAGCCAUGCGACAAGUCCGCAAAGUCUUUGAGUCUCUGGAAUCAAAUCAGGAUGGAGACACAGGCAUGCUUGCGAUCAGACUAGAAACCGUGACAACGCAAGACUUCCUUGAAGUCCUGGCACACACAAAACCAUCAGUCAGUGGCGUGAUGGAGAAACACACAGCCUGGGAGAAAGACUUUGAAUCCGUUUGACAGCCCGGUUUUUAUUUACUCAGCAGCUAGACAUGUUUGGCUACUUGGUGUUUUCUAUUGAUUUCCAAUUAGGAAGGACUACAUUUAGAUUAAAAAGCAAACAGUUUAUGAGGCAAGCAGUUAUGACUUAAUGUUAGGAUGGUUUUGCUUACGCACCAACAUAAAAAACAGCGAACAGAUGAAAGGUUAUUUAGUUAUGUACAUGAUGAUACAAAGUUGCUUCAAGCAACUGCUGUGUAUCUAGGGAUGUUAUAGUAGGUUCUUAAGAAUGUGUUCAACAGCAUCUGGAAAAGUGUUGCACGUCAGGUGAGGAGGAGGAGUUAUUUUAUCCUCAUCUCCUUGUCUGUAUUUACCUAGAAGAUGAAACAAGAAGUUAAGUUUGAGCAAAGACUGCCAAAGCUAGUCCUAAAGUGGAAAAGGUUAAUCUCACCGGUUUGGACCAGAAUCCCCAAUAUUCCUGCACUCUGAGCACCUCCCACAUCAUCUCUGGCAUCCUGCGUGAAAGCACAAACCACACUUAACUGGACUUGUAAAGUGGGAUGGGCAAUGUAAACUUAAAUUGGAAAUUAAUUAACAGAGUUCUCUUACAUCUCCUAUCAUGACUGCUUCAUCUGGACUACAUCCUAAAUCAGCCAGAGCCUAAAUGGGCAAAACCAAUUUCAAAUUAAUGUCAAUUGACUGCCUCUAAAACAAUAUUAGAAACAUAAACUUGGUAUGAUCCAAUGUCAGUACAAAAAUGUAGCACCAUUACAUUUGUAAAUGCAGUAUUUUUCAUUUUGCCAUAAUAAA